UCACCCGUGGGCCCGCGGGCUGUAGUGUCCGGCGGCCGGAGAAAUGUCGCUGCUUCGGUCCCUGCGUCUCUGCCAGGUAGCACGGACCGGGAGCUGCUCGGUGAGGGGUUUUGGCCCUAGCACCGACCUGCCUUCCUUUAAGGCAGGAUCCCUGCUUCAGUCGCCCCAGCCGCGGCACACAUUUCAUGCUGGGCCCUGGCUGUCCUCCUCGGCCUCCAACAAGGAGCUCCUCAUGAAGCUGCGGCGAAAAACGGGCUAUUCCUUUGUUAACUGCAAGAAAGCUCUGGAGACUUGUGGCGGGAAUCUCAAACAGGCAGAGAGCUGGCUUCAUGAGCAGGCCCAGAAAGAGGGCUGGAGCAAAGCUGCCAAGCUUCAUGGGAGGAAAACUAAAGAAGGCCUGAUUGGGCUGCUGCAGGAAGGAAACACGACUGUGUUAGUAGAGGUAAACUGUGAGACAGAUUUUGUUUCAAGAAAUAUAAAAUUUCAACAAUUAGUCCAGCAAGUAGCCUUUGGAGCCAUGUUGCAUUGUCAGAGCCUAAAGGAUCAACUCUCCACAUACAGUAAAGGCUUCUUGAAUUCCUCUGAGCUCUCUGAACUUCCCAUUGGGCAUGAGAGAGAAGGCUCUCUCAAGGAUCAGCUGGCCUUAGCAAUUGGGAAACUGGGAGAAAAUAUGACUCUUAAACGAGCUGCAUGGGUGAAGGUGCCGACUGGGUUUUAUGUGGGCUCUUACGUCCAUGGAACCACGCACAGUCCCUCACUCCACAACCUGGUGCUGGGGAAGUACGGGGCCGUGGUUAUUUGUGAGACGUCUGAGCCGAAAGCAAACCUUGAAGACCUUGGCCGCCGCCUUGGACAGCAUGUGGUGGGCAUGGCCCCUCUCUCUGUUGGUUCCCUGGACGAUGAGCCCGGCGGUGAGGCAGAAACCAAGAUGCUGGCCCAGCCAUACUUGCUGGAUCCCUCCAUCACGUUGGGACAGUAUGUGCAGGCUCAGGGGGUAUCUGUCAUAGACUUUGUGCGGUUUGAAUGUGGAGAAGGUGAAGAGGCCGCAGAGGCUGACUAGGUUCCAGAGACUUGUAGUCCAGGAAGGAAGGUUUCUUCUUAGUUCUGGACAUUAUUACAAAAAGAAGUUUGUCUCAGCCUCUUCAAAUCCAGAAUGUUUCUCAUUUGAGUUUAUACUGAAAUUAUACUUCAUGGGUAAAGUUAUUAAAUAAAAUU